AUGGGUAUUCCUGCGGCUUUCCGAUGGCUUUCCAACAAGUACCCUAAGAUUAUCUCACCGGUAAUCGAGGAACAGCCUGUCAAGAUGGAGGAUGGAUCUACCAUACCAGUCGAUACCACCGGACCUAAUCCUAAUGGCGAAGAGCUCGACAAUCUUUACCUCGAUAUGAACGGUAUCGUCCAUCCUUGCUCUCACCCUGAGGAUCGUCCAGCUCCUAAGGAUGAGGAGGAGAUGAUGCUUGAGGUAUUCAAGUAUACCGAUCGUGUUGUUAAUAUGGUCCGGCCGCGGAAGCUUCUCAUGAUUGCUGUCGAUGGCGUUGCGCCCCGUGCCAAAAUGAACCAACAGCGUUCCCGACGAUUUCGAUCCGCUCAAGAAGCCCAGCAAAAAGAGGAGGAUAAGCAAGAGCUUCUAAAGCUUCUUAAGCAGCAAAGCAACGACGUCACGUCUGACAACACUCUGGAAACUGUGACCAAAAAGGCGUUUGAUUCCAACUCAAUCACUCCAGGAACCCCGUUUAUGGAUAUCCUAGCCACCAGCUUGCGAUACUGGUGCGCAUACAAAUUGAGCACUGAUCCUGCCUGGGCUAGACUCAAAAUUAUUAUCUCAGAUGCCACAGUACCUGGUGAGGGUGAGCACAAAAUCAUGUCUUUCGUGCGGUCACAGCGGAUAUCUCCUGAUUAUGACCCCAACACUCGCCAUGUUAUCUACGGUCUAGAUGCUGAUUUGAUUAUGCUUGGUCUCGCGACUCACGAACCUCAUUUUCGAGUUCUGCGUGAGGAUGUCUUCUUCCAAGAAGGCAAGACCAGAAUGUGCAAGAUAUGCGGACAAAAAGGCCACGAGGCUCGUAAUUGUCGGGGAGAAGCCAAGGAGAAGGUUGGCGAAUUUGACGAACAAGAGAAGGGUACAGCACUGAAACCCUUCAUUUGGCUUCAUGUCUCUAUCCUACGGGAGUACCUGGCUGUGGAGCUCAAUGUACCAGGUCUUCCUUUCCGCUUCGAUCUGGAAAGAGCAAUUGAUGACUGGGUCUUCAUGUGUUGUUUCGUAGGUAACGACUUUUUGCCGCACUUGCCUGCACUGGAGAUCCGUGAGAAUGGCAUCGAUACCUUAACCACCAUAUGGAAAGACAACCUCCCGUACAUGGGCGGCUACGUUACAAAGGAUGGUCAUGUUGACCUUGGCCGCGCGCAAUUGAUUCUAAACGGUUUGGCGAAACAAGAAGAUGCCAUUUUCAAAAGAAGAAAGGAACAAGAAGAUCGAAGGGAGGCUAACGCCAAACGUCGGAAACUUCAGGAAGAACGCAAUCCCAGGAAUGCUCGGCCCAAGCAGGUUGACAAUGCUGCUUCAGGUUUACCCCUAUUCCCGGCUGCAGGCGGUCCCGAUGGCAUUACUCACGAUAUGGUGGUUGGCCGAUCCUCUAACAUGAGUGCCAAUUUUGCCAAUAAGAGCGCGGCAAGCGCCAUUCGGGACCAGAUUAAGGGCAUGAUGUCCAAUGCAGAACCUCGCCAAGAAGGCGACUCGGCCAAGACCGCAACGGACGAUAGUCAAAGCACCUCUUUGGAUCAGAAGUCUGUUCUUGGCAAACGCAAAGCUGAUGACGAGCUUGACCAACCUGCCCCCACCCUUACAACAGGGACUGGGCCUAGCAUGGCGCCUGCUACUUCUUCAGCUGCCGAAGAAGCUGCAGUAGAUCACGUCAGAAUGUGGGAAGAGGGUUAUGCUGACAGAUAUUACGAACAAAAGUUUCACGUCGAUCGCAAAGACGUUGCAUUCCGACAAAAAGUUGCUAAGGCUUAUGUCGAAGGCUUGUCCUGGGUCCUUCUGUACUAUUUCCAGGGUUGCCCAUCAUGGGAGUGGUACUACCCAUACCACUAUGCUCCAUUCGCAGCAGAUUUCGUCGAUUUGGACAAGAUGGAAGUCCAAUUCAACAAGGGUCGCAUUUCCAGACCUUUCGAGCAGCUGAUGAGCGUGCUUCCGGCUGCCUCUCGUCACGCGAUACCUGAGGUUUUCCAUGACCUUAUGUUGAACGAGGAUAGCGAGGUCAUCGAUUUUUAUCCAACAGAUUUCGAAAUCGAUCUAAAUGGGAAGAAGAUGGCCUGGCAGGGAGUGGCAUUAUUGCCAUUCAUAGAGAUGCCGAGGUUGCUGGCUGCCGUAGAGAAGAAAUAUCCCCUUCUGAAUGCCGCAGAUCAGGCACGAAAUGCUGUAGGUAGAGAUGUUUUGCUCUUGUCAGAUGCUCACCAUGAGCUCUACGACGAAAUUACGACCAACUUCUAUUCCAAAAAGCAAGGACCGCCUACAUUGAAGCUUAAUCCUCGAACAAGUGACGGCUUGUCUGGCAAUAUUGAGAAGAUCCCUGAAUAUUUGCCCCAUGGCGAAUUACUUUAUCCUCUGGAGCGUGGAGGUAUGCCAAGCCUCGAUUAUGACAGGUCGCUUAGUGUCUGGUACUCUUUCCCAGAGAGCUCUCAUCCUCACAAGUCGAUGCUGCUGCGGGGUGUGAAGCUGCCCACUCCUGCUCUCGACCGCAAUGACAUUGAAACACUGAAGGGUAAGGCAUCUCGGUCCGGGCGGGGCUAUGGCGGCGCACCGCUGGGGCGCAAUGGAUAUAAUGACGGUGGCCGGAGAGAGCAUUUUAGUUAUGCCCCAAGCGGUGGAAACGGCCGGCAAGAUCGCCCUCCUCCGCGCUCGGGUAAUGGCACUUACGGACGAUACGGAAACCAGCCGUCGGGGGCGCCGCAAGCACAAUUUUGGCAGCCACCGCCACCAGGUCAUCCCGGAUUUGGCAUGGGGCUGCCCCCUCCUCCACCAAUGUAUCACAGCGAUGGGCGGAAUUCGAAUGGGUCCUAUGGCGGUGGGGGUUAUGGACAGCAUCAGAAUCACGGGCCGCCGCCCUCGGGACCCUCCAAUUCAAAUCAUGGCCAUCAUGAUGGCGGUCGGCGUGGAGGUCGUGGGGGUUAUCAGAGUAGAGGGUACAGUGGUGGGCGGGGCGGGGGCUACGGCGGCGGGCGUAAUUACAGGUAG